UCUCUCUGUCUCACACACACAGACGAGGGAGAGUUAUGGACUUGACCACCCAGGUCAAAGAUGUGAAAAUCCCUCAGAGGGGCCAAAGGAGACUGUGACGGUCCUUCCCUGGCUCUCCCUGUCAGGUUCCUACCUGCUCGUGGUUACUGCCUGUCUCUAGGCACCACCAGGGACUCCACCAGUCCAGACUGUCCUUUUUUAUGGUUUCUCUCCCCGCUCUAGCAUAGACUUCACCAGAUCCCCCUGCUAGGCAGCACCACCAGUCACGUCCUAUAACCAGUAUUCCCAGAGACUCUGCCUGAGUCUCUCUCAAUCAGGUUACCUCUGUGACUGCGUGCUUAAGCUGUCCCAAUCCCUUUGUAUCAAUGCAGAUAAUCCUGGUUUGCUCUGAAUACUUGUGGUGUUAUUCUCUUCACCGCUGCCACCAAUUGUUACAGUUUCCCUUCAGCCUUGGUCAUUACCUUACCCUCCCUUCUGGUCUGUGAAACCCCAGCCAAGGAUCAGGCCUUCGGUAAACCAAAUAUAGUUUUUAUUAAAUAUAACAAAGAUAACAAGAUUUCUUUAAAAGGCACUUAAGCAUAUGGUUACAUCUAUUCCUGAGGUACUGGUCUUAGUAUUAAUCUGAACUCCACCCUCUCCUCACAUCCACCAACUCUCCACACAAUCUCCUCUCAAAACCCACCAAAACAACCCUCUCAAGUCCACCAACGUCCACCUCACAUCCACCCAGAUUUACCUGACAUCCUUCCAUUUAUACUGUCAGCCAUUUUAAACAUUCAGCCAAUCAUCAAGCAUUCUAUUGCCCAUUCACUCCCCCUUCCUCUUUCAUUCCACUCACCAUGUAUCUCCUAUACAAACAGCACUUACCAUAUAUACACUAAUAGAGGAACAUCACAGAGACAACGCUGUGCCCCGUACUGUCCCAUUCACACCCAUGCUGCCCUCCUUAACAAACGCCCUUUGAAGACAGCAUUCUGCCAUUCUCCUUGGCAAGGAGACUUCAACAAUCGGGUGCUGCCGCAAAGCAUUCUUUGCAGUUAAAUCAGCCAGUUCGUUCCCGCUAUCCCUACAUGAGCAGGUAUCCAACAAAACCCAAACCAGAUUCCCAUGGAACAAACUUCCAUAUUCAAACUCCAGAUUUCAUUAAUCACAUUCUUACAGGCUAACCCACUGGACUGAAUAGCCAGCAAUCCCGAAAGAAAAUCUGACAAAAACAGAAAAUUAUCAGGUGUUAGAUCCUUAAUCCAUUAAAAAGAAGCCAAUAGAAUAGCCAUCAACUCUGCCGUCAUUAUCAAUACCCAAUUGGAUAGCCAAAGUCCCUUUUGAAUCCCAAAACAAGGAAUGCAACAAGAUGCACUCACUUUGCCAUCAGAGGAAUCCUGGUAGCUAUCCAUAAAGAUCAUGCAACAAAGACUCAACUGAGAAAAAAUAUGCUGUAGAGUCAUAUUUCUUAUACCCAAAGCACCAGACCACUGCGACCCCAACUCACUAAUACGCACAUCCACUAGAGGGGGAAUCCAUGCCCAACCACAGUAACUAGUAACAAAGUUCCCUGGAACAAAGCUAUUAACUAUGCCACAUUUCCCACAAACAACAAACGUGAAUCACAUGAGGAGUUUGAAGUUGCACCUUCUUGUUGUUAUGUGUCUCCAAGCUGACUACGACUUACGGUGACCCUAUGAAUCGGCGACCUCCAAGAGCAGCACCUUCUUAGGAUCACCAAAUUCCCAGCAAUCAUUGUAUAAGCCACAUAAUGGACUUUCCUGAGGAUUACAUAAUUUCUCCCAUAACAUAAGAUCCAGGAGAUCAUGCUGUAAGCCACAUGGCCAUUCUCCACUGGCUCCUUAAAAAACAGCAGGGGGAGAGGUAUAUACAUUAACAAUUCUCCGAACAGCAAAGAGUCCACUAGGGUAAGCUCUACAAAACCCAAGGGUUCCCGGAUAAAGAUAACGCCUCCAGCUACUCUAAUAACUCAUUCUUUAUGGAGGGAACAUAAUAACCCAAUAACUAAAAAUCCAAGUUCCUUGAAUACAAAUCAAAUCAGGCAACACAUGCAAAGAGGAUAGAAGAUGUUUCAACUCCUGGCCUUGGGCCAUUAAGCUAUGAGUCCGGAUCUCAAUACCAGAACAAUUAAACCUCAGGGCUUCCUAGCAAUUUGCAAAUCCAUUCCAUAGUUAAAUCCUCCAGUCCCCAAAACCUCCCAGCAGCCUUCAAGAUAAUCAACACGCGUUCAGGGUUUUUUUGUGUGGUUUUUUUCCCUGCACAUUUAACCACUUCAGCCAUAAAAGCUACAAAAUGCUCCUUCUUAACAAGUAAAAAUUCAGUGUCUUCUAUCCUCUUCCCCAACAUAUUGGAUGAUAUUGGGUUAGCCGCUGCCAGGAAGCUAAAGGGCAGGCUACAACUUUUAUCAAAAAGUUCUGAUUCUGCUCCUUAGAGCACCCAACAGCUGCUGCAUAAUAAAUUGCUUGCAUAUCCCAGGACCCCUAAACAUGGGACUAUGAGCUCCUUCACAAUGACAACAUAUGGGUAUAGAAGAACUGUCACAAUGGUCCAAGAAGGGAGGGCCUCCACUCGUCACAUACCGGCCCCACACAGAGCAGCCACAAGUCUGAAAACCUGGCAUUGAAAACAUUGAAGGAGUUUUGUUGCUAUGUACCUUCAAAUCGAUCAUGGCUUAUGGCGAUCCUAUGAAUCAGCAACUUCCAAGAGCGUCUGUCAUGAACCACCCUGUUCAGAUCUUUUGCAGUGCCUGGCGUUGGAGCAGGGCCCGAACUGUACCGCCACUCAGUACAAGCAGGGCGACAGGUGCUGCCAGAAAUGUCCGCCAGGCAACAAGGUGGAAAGCGAGUGUCCUGACGCCCUUAGCGGCUGUGAGCCAUGUGAGAGUCGGCACUUCCAGGGCGCCUGGACCAAAGAGAAGCAUUGCACCCCGCACAGAUACUGCGAUGAGAACGCUUUUCUGUUUGUACACCGGGAUGGAGAUGCAACGCGGGACGUCGUGUGCAGGUGCCGGAAUGGCACCCAUUGCUCCAGCCACGAGUGCCAGACCUGCUGGCAAAACACCCUCUGUGGUCCGGGUCAGGGAGUCCUGCGAGAAGCAAGCCACAGGAGUGAUACGGUCUGUGUUGAAUGUCCCAAUGGCACCUUCUCAAACAUCUCAUCUGCCACAGCUCGAUGCCAGCCAUGGAGCAGUUGCGAGGACAGAAAACUUGUCCGGAAGGGAAAUGGAACACGCACGUCAGAUGUUGUUUGCGGUGUACCACUGCUUCUUCCUCCCACCAGAGAAGCUGGCAGGACCCACUUGUUGGUGCUGGUGCUGGUUCCCUUUGCCGCCCUUGUGCUGGGGAGUGUUGCACUUCUUAUCUACCGUCGGCACCGCCAGGAUCUCUGGAAGCCUCAUUGGAAUCAGCCAGAGGGCCCCUUGCCACCUGUGCGGCAGCAGCCAACCGAGGAGGAGGAGUGCCCAGCCUUGCCCAUCCAAGAGACGCUGCUGGGGGGGCAACCCGUGGCCCAAGAAGAUGGCAAGGAGAGCCGUUUAGCCGAACAGGAGCAGCUCUGAAGGGCGCUGGACACCAGCCCCGUGCCUGAGACCUCCCUCUGUGACUCCCAGACCUGCGGCUGCAAUCUGGCUGUGGCACUUUCUCCCUCCAGCUGGCUUGGGCUGUGUCCCCAUAGCGCCGCCUGGCUGCAAAGCCCCAAAAGGAAGAAGGCCUGCUGCCCACCCGCCUUCCCUCCCUCCCUCCUCCUGCAGGGCCACCGGCUGAACAGCUGGAAGUGGAAGCUGCUAGCAGUGGGGGGGGGGAGGAAGGGGCCUCUCUCAGAGGGGUGGCCUUAUAGAAAUGCUGUAGAUGGGGAGAGGAGAGGAGGAGGAGGUGAGACCAUCAUUCCCCUCCCCAAGACCAUCGUUUGCCCCCGGGUCCUGGUCCUCCUACCCUUGGGAUAUUGUUGUUGCUCCCAUUGUGGCAGCAGGCCCAGAGACCGUGUCCGGGGUGAACAAAAGGCAGAGGACUGGCUGUAGGUUGUCCCCAAACCUUUUAACAUUCAACUGUGUGUACAUGUUGGGGGGGAGCCAUAUGUCCUCCUCCCCCUGAAUUCUGACUGGCCCAGGAGACUGGAUCAACCCCUGCUUUGUCCUUCCCUCAGACCAGACAGACGUGUGGUGCCAACACACCAGCCCAAAUAACAGAAACAAGAUGUGUGCGCUGUGCUGGUCAUGUUUUAGCAGGGACGAAGCAGCAACAUUGUUGAUAUAGUUCAGAUACACACUUUAAAUAUGUUUGAUUUACUUUGCAGUUUUAGUGAAGUUUCCUAUGGUAAAUUAUUUUCUGUUUCUGUGAAUAUAUGAAGUACAGCAACACUUUGCAUAAUUUACACUAAAAAAACUCCAAAAACAAUUGUGGAAUAAUGGCACUGACUAUUCUGUAGAAUAGUCUACAGUGGACAUGAGGAGUAUCUUCAGUUUACACAAAAGAAAACAGCGGGAGGUGAAAUAUAUUCUAGCAAAUUUCUAGGUGUGCUCUAAGCAGCAAAGUAAGGACACCAACAAACAUACAAACAUGUAAUUCUCCAUCUUUGGUGAUGCAGUCCUGAUUGCAGGAGCUGCCACCACUCACCCUAUACUCAGAGGCACGUUACCAAAUUUGGUUUCAUGCCGGACACUGAGUAGGCCAAAGCCACCCCAAACUUGUCUCGUCUUGGGGAUUGUCAGUUUGGAAGUGACAGCAGAGGCCCUGUUCUGCCCACUGUGCCAUCUUCUGCCAGGAAGGUAGUGGGAGGCCUCUGGUCUGUGACUUGCAAGAGGAGCCCUACCAGGACCCACCAGGGGCAGAUCUGGACACCUGCUUCUUGCAGUGGCCAGUCAGAUGCCUCUGGGAUGCCCGCUGGCAGGGCAGGGAGGCAAGAGACCUCUCUGGGCUCCCACUGUUGCUCCCUGGAAUCCAGAGCCUUCAAGGGGCCUUUGUGCCUGCUAAUGUUCCUGCCCCCCAGUCUGUCUAAUCUCAGAACUAUUGCUGUUUGCCUGUCUGUGGUCAUGUAAGAUGAUCUGCCUGCUGUCUGUGUCGAGCAUGGGGGGGGGCAACUCAACAAGAAGAAGAAGCACUUGCUCAUAUUUAUUUUCUGAAUGGUAAUUCUGUAUUCUUUAUGUUUUGUUAAUCUGUUUUUUAUUUUGAUUAUAUCAGUAGUCAUCUA